UUGAUUGACUGACAGGAUCCUCUUGCCAUCUCUACAGGAUGUUGUCAWCUUCAAACACUUCCCUGCCCACAUCCUCUGCUCCAGCUCACACAGUGCCCUCUAAACCCCGACAAGUCAACAUGGAAACCUACUGGAGAGAAGUGGAGAGCAUUGAGGAGGAGCAGGAGGGAGAAGAGGAAGAAGAGGAGAGGAAGAGUAUUGAUGAGGUGGAGUUGGACGAGGUGUGGCUGACAGAGGCAGGACUGUCCUCCCUGGUGACGGGUUCUUCAUCAACAGAGGCAGCUCCACCACCAGCUGAGGCCGUGCUGUCUACACUAACACGACACCAAGCUGCCACGGUCAGGAAGAGGUUGGACAACUACAACGAGACGCUGAAGAAAAGAAACAGGCAGCCAAUCAGAGACGUGCGGGAUAUCUUCACUGAGAUUGAAAUCGACUCAGCAGAAAGAUGCACCUCCUCUUCUACAAAUCCUGUCGAGUCAUCUCCAAGUCGAUACAACACCACGACCAAGACCAUCCGUCGCAAAGCAAACAGAGGGCGGCCCACUCUUUCCAUGUUGGUUUUUGAAGAACAACAGUGUGAACACCUGUUGUCUUCAUCACCCACCCGCUCCCCUCCUCACCCACUCCCACCACCAGUAAAUUGGCUGAGACCAGUUGAUUGGCUGCUGCGAGACAUGGCAUACUCUGAGAUAGUGGCUGAGCACAAACAAAGUGGGACUUGUAGGGACUGUCUACGUUUCCACAAAGAUGGGAUUGAUGAGCUGCAGUUUGCACCUGUCUCCCCAUCAUGGGAUGUCACCUGUAUUGACGACCUGUCAUCACAUGACCUCACACGACUCAGCUUCAUCUCUCACAUCGAACUCUCUACCUUCCUGCUGGCUUUGGGCAUCCAAACCAAGCGCACCCGCCCACCACGCAGCAAGACUCGGGACAGCGGUGUCUUUGGUGUCCCUCUGAACUCCAUGUUGGAAAACGACAGGAAGAAGUUUCCAGGCGUCAAAGUUCCUGUCAUCGUCCAGAAGUCAUGUCUGUCCAUUCAUGUCUGUCCAUUCAUGUCUGUCCAUUCAUGUCUCUGUCCAUCUGCAGUUCUUGCGGCUGGAGUUGGACCGGUGCUGUGGUGUCUUUGACUGGUCCACGGUCCGACAGGUGGAUGCUGCUGGUCUGCUGAAGCUUUUCAUCAGAGAGCUACCAACACCACUGCUGACGGACACACACCUGUCCACUUUUCGCACAGUGCUCAGCAUGUCAACUGAGGUCCAUAAGGUCCAGGCUCUGCAGCUGCUUCUGCUCCUGCUUCCUGAAGCUAACAGAGACGUUCUGAGAGCCCUGCUGGUCUUCCUCCGUAAGGUGGUGUCUCAUCAGGACCAGAACCGGAUGUCUUUGUGGAACGUGUCCAUGGUAAUGGCUCCCAACCUGUUCACUCGUUGUCACCGUGGAAACAGAUCCUCACACACCAAACAACGAGAGGAGAUAGAGGAGGCAGUGGGCGGGGCUCACCUGAUUGAACUAAUGAUCAGACACCAAGACCUGCUGUGGACCGUCCCCAACUUCCUGCUGUCUCAGCUGAGACAUUUGAACCAGGCGUCCAAUCAAAAACAGCUGAACCUGAGCAGGACCGCAUCCCGACUGCUGAGGAGGAGAAACGACCGGAACCAGAUCACAGAUCUGUGUGAGGGGGUCAUCAGGGUCCACGCCCCCCUAAACACCAAGUUCUCCAUGGCGAUCCAACUGGACGAACGGACGACAGCCAAAGAUGUCACAAGUCGUUUUGAGUCAGAGUCCAGCCCUGCAGCCCAACGUCUGUAUGAAGUCGGAGGAAACAUCUAUGAGCGCCGCCUCCACCCAGACUGCAAUCUGCUGGAUGUGUACAGAGUCAAUCCUCACUGUGAUUGGCUGAUCAAACCCUGAUGAGCAGAUCCAAUCUUCUCUGUGAUUGGCUGACAAGUACCUGUGGAACACUUCUGAUCUAACUGAUAAUCAAUAAUCGAUUUGUUUACAGUUGAAAAAACAAUAAAAACAUUCAGAUUCU